GCAAUUGCCUCAAUCUUGUCCUCAGAAUGCACGCGGCAUCCCAUGGCACGGCGCGCUUCCACCUGCCGCUUCGGGCGCGGGGGGCAGCAGAGGUUGCAGCCUCUAAACGUCAGAGCUCGCGAGUGAGAGUAGCAGACAGAGAACUCUCUUACUCCUGGGUGAUUUACGAUCUUGCCAGGCAAGGCAAAGAUGAUGCUGCAGCUGCCUUCCUCCAGGCCAUGGCUGCAGAUGACAUCAAGCCCAACUCCUUUGCUUAUCAAGCUGUGCUCAACGGCUACGCCAAGCAUUUGAACAAGUGGCAAAAGGCCGUGGGCGUCUUUGGCGAGAUGCAGAGAUCAGCCAUAAAGCCAACUGCUAUGCAUUACGCAGCGGUGAUGGAUAGCUGUGGAAAGGCUGGUGAAGCCAAGCGCGCAGAAAGGUGGUUUGGUGCGAUGAAGAAAAACUUCGUUGACCCAAACACAGUAUGCUACAAUGUGAUCAUCAAUGCCCAUGCCAGGCAAGGGGAUCCCGCUGGGGCUUCCAAGUGGUUUCAACGCAUGCGACAAGCCAAGCUCAUCGACAUUGUCGCCUACAAUUCGCUGCUUCACAGCCUUCGCCAGUGUGGCACGCUGGGGACCAUGACCCAGCCUUCCAUGGUGCAGGAAGCUGAAAAACUCUUCCGGGAAUUGAGGCCUGAGAAGCUGCUGGAAGACUUAGCUCCAACAGCUGUGACCUUGGACCUCUUGGCAUCCAUCGUUGGCGAUGCCAGGAGGGAUCAGUUGUGCGAAGAAUUGGAUGUGGACGUAGAAGAGGCCAGUCGCUUGGACCAGGAGCGACACCGCAGUGUGCGACCCUUGAUGUGAAAAAUGAGGAAACAUCGCCACAGCUGGGCCCUGGAGAAAAUGUGGAUGGUAUAAUAUCUAUACUUGCCGGGUGGGUUUUAAUACUUAGUUAUAGAU